GAGACCGUCAACUCCGGUCACUUUCUUCUCUAAUAUUAUAUAAUAUAUGAAUUUCAACAUACAAUUGAAAAACAGGUCCUACUUCAAAUCCUUUCACACUCCCACUGAGCUUCAAUUUCCCUUCUCUUUCUCUCUGAAAACGAUAUUUUCUGAAUGCAAAAGUUGGGAGAAAGAAGUUAUACUGGAGCUUAGAUCUGCGUUUAAAUCGAUCGGGUACUUUCUGUUGUUAUCUGCUUUCAGGCCCCAAGAUUGUGAAGCACAAAAUGGGGUCUAAGAACACUCCAACAAAUAGACGAAGAAGUCCUUUAUCUAUAAUUAUUAUCUUUGGCCUCUGCUGUUUCUUUUACUUGCUAGGAACAUGGCAGAAAAGUGGUUUUGGGAAGGGUGAUAGUAUAGCAAUGGACAUAACCAAAAAAACAGAAUGUGAGGAUGAUUUUGCCACCCUUGAUUUCAACCCACAUCAUAGUAUUCCUAUUCCUGAUGCUUCUAAGCCUAAAGCUAAAAUGUUCAAACCAUGUGAUGUCAAAUACACCGAUUACACACCCUGCCAUGAACAGGACCGAGCUAUGAAGUUCACAAGAGAAAAUAUGGUUUAUAGAGAAAGACAUUGUCCCCCUCAAGAGGAGAAGUUGAAAUGCCUUAUUCCAGCUCCAAAAGGGUAUUCAACUCCGUUUCCAUGGCCAAAAGGACGUGAUUAUGUCCACUAUGCUAAUGUGCCUUUCAAACACUUAACUGUCGAGAAGGCCAAUCAACAUUGGGUGGAGUUUCAGGGCAAUGUAUUUAAGUUCCCUGGUGGUGGAACGAUGUUUCCCCAAGGAGCAGAUGCUUAUAUUGAUGAACUUGCAUCGGUGAUUCCGAUUGCGGAUGGCUCUGUCAGAACCGCUCUGGAUACUGGCUGUGGGGUUGCAAGCUGGGGUGCUUACUUGAUGAAAAGAAAUGUUUUAGCCAUGUCAUUUGCACCAAGGGACAAUCAUGAAGCACAAGUGCAGUUUGCUUUGGAGCGUGGUGUGCCUGCUAUUAUCGGCGUUCUUGGAUCAAUAAGUCUUCCUUUUCCAUCAAGAGCAUUUGAUAUGGCUCAGUGCUCACGAUGUCUGAUACCAUGGGGGGAGAAUGAUGGGAUGUACCUAAUGGAAGUUGAUCGAGUUCUUAGGCCUGGUGGAUUUUGGAUUUUGUCUGGUCCUCCGAUCAAUUGGAAAACGUACUAUCAGACAUGGAAACGGUCAAAGGAGGAUCUGAAGGCAGAGCAAAGAAAGAUUGAAAAGCUUGCUGAAUCUCUUUGCUGGGAAAAGAAAUAUGAGAAGGGAGAUAUUGCUAUCUGGAGAAAGAAAGUGAAUGCCGAAUCAUGCCAAAUGAAAUCUGUGGAUAUCUGUAAAUCCAGCGAUGCUGAUAAUGUCUGGUACAAGAAUAUGGAAGCAUGUAAAACUCCCUACCCCAAAGUUAAGAGUGCGAAUGAAGUAGCAGGAGGGGAGUUGAAGAAGUUUCCGGCAAGGCUACAGGCGGUGCCACCUCGGGUAUCGAAGGGACUAAUCCCAGAAGUUUCCAUUGAAUCUUAUCAGGAAGAUAGCAAACUUUGGAAGACAUAUGUCGGUACUUACAAAAGGACCAACAGGUUAAUUGGCACAUCAAGAUACAGAAACAUAAUGGAUAUGAAUGCUGGUCUUGGAGGUUUUGCUGCAGCACUUGACUCGAAUAAAUUAUGGGUGAUGAAUGUUGUGCCAACCAUUGCUCCAAACACAUUGGGUGUCGUCUAUGAGCGAGGUCUUAUCGGUAUAUAUCAUGACUGGUGUGAAGGAUUCUCGACUUACCCAAGGACAUAUGACCUUAUUCAUGGCAAUGGUCUAUUCAGCUUGUAUGAGAACAAGUGUGAUCUCGAAGACAUCCUCCUAGAGAUGGAUCGGAUAUUGCGGCCCGAAGGUUCGGUCAUCCUCCGAGAUGAAGUAGAUGUGUUGACCAAGGUGAUGAAAAUCACGGCCGGCAUGAGAUGGGACGUUAAAUUGCUGGAUCACGAAGACGGACCCUUUGUUCCCAAGAAGAUCUUCGUUGCUUCUAAACAAUAUUGGGUCGGCACCAAAGGCAACAACACAUCGAGUGAUUAAUUAAUUAAAGGUUCGUUCUUAUCGCUAUUUAGUCAGCGAGUUAGUGUUUUUCGUAUCAUCCCACGAACAACUGAAACUAGAUUUCCCGAAAAGAGGAAAAAAUCGAGGAUUUGCAUUUUGUCGAUAGGUUCGAAAUGGAACUUAAGGUGCACAUCUUUGUGGGUUUGUCGAUGUAGACGAUUAUAAGUUAUUAUGUGAAGGGUUCGUAGAACCUUUUAAAUGAUGUUUUUGCUUGUGUUA